AUGAGCACUGAGAUCCAGCCACCGCUACACUUUUUCUCUGAUGCUAGCCCCGGCGCGUAUGGUACCGUUGUUUAUCUACGUCUCGGCGGCUGCGCGGACGGAUACAAAACACAACUGAUCGCAGCAAAAUCAAGAAUAGCACCAGUGAAGGAGGUUACUCUAGCUCGUAUGGAACUACUUGGUGCGCUGAUGUCAGCUCGUCUCGCCAGCUACUUGCGGGACAAUUUCAAGCUCACCACCUCCGAUUUCUUUUGGACAGAUUCAAUGAUUGCUUUGCAAUGGAUACGAGGGGACGCAAACCGCUGGCCGCAGUUUGAGCGCAACAGGGUCACAGAAAUUCAACAGAAGGUAGAGAAAGAUCGAUGGAGAUACGUGGGAACAGAAGCAAAUCCAGCCGACUUGUUGACGGGAGGAACAAGUCCCAAGAAAUUGCUUCAGUCCAAGCUGUGGUGGAAAGGACCAUCAUGGCUGGCGGAAUCUGAUGACAAAUGGCCAUCUCCUGAAGUCAAUGAGAUGACACGCACUCACGUUCAUAAAGAGCAGGUUGUGCUCCAGACCAUCGCACCAUCGUGCUCGGAUCCAGUGAUGGAUCUGGGACGAUUCAGCAAUGUCAAUAACCUCCAUCGUGUAACAGCGUGGAUAAUUCGGUUCACCAAGAACUCCAGAGCAAUAGGUCGGAUCAACGGUCCCUUAAGCGCUAGUGAGAUUCAACAGGCCGAACGCUACUGGGUAAGGCAAGAACAAGAAUCUGCAUUCGCGGACGAAAUCAGCGCACUCGGAAGCAACAAUGCAUUUAAGCGAACAUCGACGUUGAAAGAUCUAAGGCCAUUUAUUGACGACGACCGCAUCCUCAGCGUUGGAGGACGAAUGGGUGGUAGUCGGCAAACAUUUUCGGAAUGUCAUCCAAUCAUACUGCCAACUCACUCGCAUUAUGCGCGCCUUUUAAUUUUACAGUCCCAUCAACAAGUUUUCCACUGCGGAGUGCGUGACACUUUAGUGCAGCUACGCGAAAUGUUCUGGAUACUCCGAGCACGCCAACAAGUCAAGCGAAUAUUACGAGGUUGCGUGACAUGCAGAAGAAACGACGCAAGGCAUCUCACACAACCUGAUGGCCAACUUCCACCUGACAGAGUGACGAAGAGUCAUCCCUUCGAGGUCACCGGCAUCGAUUUUGCGGGACCAGUAAUGUUGAAGCGAACGAGGAACUACCACAAGGGCUACAUUGUCCUCUUCACUUGUGCCGUCACAAGGGCUGUGCACCUAGAGCUGUGCGAGGACAUGUCGGCGGUCAAGUUCUUGCAAGCCUUCCGAAGAUUUACAGCUCGUAGGGGAAUCUGCCAAAUCAUCUACUCGGACAAUGCCUUGACGUUCAAAAAGGUCGCAAGAGAAAUUCGGGACAUACAGAGGAUCUUAACGGACCCACUGGUGCAGGACUAUUCUUCACGUAACGGAAUCCGCUGGAAAUUCAUACCGGAGCGCGCACCAUGGUGGGGUGGCUUUUAUGAAAGACUGAUAAGAUCCGUAAAAUCAGCAUUGAGGAAAACCCUGUCCAGGAACGUCGUAGACUUCAUCGAAAUGCAAACUCUGCUGGCUGAGGUGGAGGCGAUGAUGAACUCAAGACCUAUAACCUUUGUUUACAACGAAAACUCCGAGCCGACACCACUCACUCCAGCAACCAUGAUAAUGGGAAGACGUCUACUCGCACCACAAUCGACGGAAUCCACCACAUCGCGGAACACAAUCCAUGACUCAUCGUCCACGAAGAUAAGGGAGACAUGGAAAAGACAGCUGCACUACCUCAAUGCAGUAUGGAAUAGGUGGCAGCAAGAAUACCUCUCGUAA